CGGCUCUUCAGGCUCCUGAUGAACACUGUACGCUCAGCGGAACAGUGUCUGGCAUCAGCAGUUCUGCGUCAGCUCAGUCCCAGAGAAGCUGAACUGCUGAAAGACCUCAGUCUGAAGUGCAAGAUCAGAUUCAGGUUUGCAGGUCCUCAGUUUCCACCUUCACUUGUCUUCAAAAUUUUCCACACUGGAGGAGGAGGACACUAUCUGUCUGGCAAAAAAGUCUUUUCUCCCUCCAACCAGGCCACAGCAGACACCUGCAGAAUGAUGGGAAACAGAGCAUUUAUGGAUCUCAUUUCAAUGGAUGAGUUUCACAGAGCCACCAUUGAACCGCAAGAUGUGAUUUGCAUGAGAGAUUAUAUGCAGUAUUCCAGCCACCUGGAUGAGCUUCCAGCAUGUGUAGGAGGAAGGGAAAACGGAUGGAGGUUCCUGUCUCUGAAGGUGCUGUCCCGGGACGUCAUGCUCAGAGAGGGUGUGAAGCCAGGAACAAGAGGCAGGUUGAAGACGGUAUUGCCGUUUAGACGUCUCGCCCGCUCUCAUUUUGCUGGACAGCAGCUCUCACACAGAGGUUCCCGGGUCUCUACACGACAAUCUGCCUGUGCUCAAAACACUGCGGCUCGCAAGAGACGCCUCUACGGCCUGAGUGAGGCUGAAAGAUUUGCUGAGAAAGUGGACAUCAAGAUCGUUCUGCCAUCAGUCGAGACGGAAGACUACAACUCAUCCGAGUCUGAAUGGGAGGAAGAGGCUGAGAAACUGUGCAACUGGUCAAAACAACUGAACAUAGAUGCUUUAGAAACACCUGCAUUCAUUCAGAUGGAGAAAUAACAUUUUACACUAGGAGAUGCACUGAUUUAGGUUUGAUUUUCAGUAAAUACUACAACCUAGUGCAUUAUUCUGAGAUGCUUUAAUUGAAAAUUAAUGUUACCUGUGCAACUGGUCAAAACCAACUGGAUAUCGAUGCUGUUGAAACACCUGAGCUCGUGUAAAUGGAGAAACAAUGUUUUAUAGUUGUAGAGGUCCGGAUUAAUGUCAACACAUGGUGACAGUAUUUGAACAUUUUGGCUCUUGCUUUAUCCCACUUCUCAUGCAUGCACUCUCUAAAGACUGUACUGUACAGUAGUAAUUUACUGCAAAUUUUUAAUUCUCAUGAAAUAUAUACACCACGUGCAUCGAGUUGCAUCCAAGCAUGACCAGAAGAUGUAUUGCAUCAUUCAAACCUUAUGCACAACUGUUUGUGUGUUGCCUUAA